AUGGGUAGAGCAUUUGACAGCGUUGCAAAUUUACCUUCAGGCACAAUAUCAGUUACGACAGCUGUCAUUAUUUCUUUCAAUGAUGUCUCAGGCGAACGCCUUCGUCGACAAGAUCUCAUAACAUCGACAAAUAAUACAUCUUUUAAUGCAUAUUUGGAUGUGGUUUUGCAGGCUUUCUAUCCGCGUCAAUGUUUUCACGUUCUUCAGUGCCAAAAAUUAUUUCGACAACGAGUUUUGUCUAUAUUUUUAAAUCUCAAAAGUUAUGUUUUGCCUUUUCCAUUACUUGAUGGACGAGUUGUUGAUCUUCCCCUGCAACUGGCCGACUUGACUCAAUAUUACGUAUUGCCAGCAUCUGAUGAAUCAACAACAACAAUUAACACUAUCAGCUCACAGCAAACAACUGCAAGAUCAGUCACAAGUUCAACAGUUACGACAAGUACUACCACAUGUCAUCCUUCUUCGGGGUCAUCAUGGCAGGAAAAUGGCACUACUAUAUUUGGUGAUCCGGCAGGCACUAGUGGUAGUGAUCUUAUGCAUCUCACUACACCCUACGCCCUUUACUAUGAUUCAAUGAACACUGCAUAUAUUAUCGCCGAAUUUGGAAAUCGUCGUGUUCUAAAAUUUUCUGUAACCAAUCCAUCUUCACCAGGAACAGUCAUUGCUGGAGACAGUGUUAAUAGUUGUGGUACAACUUCGUUUAAAACUCCUACUGGAGCAAGCUUGGAUAGUGCUGGUCAAUUGUACGUAACAGAUGCGUCAUGUAAUCGUCUCGUCAGGUUUCCAGCAAAUUCAAAUUCAGCAACAGCAGGCACAGAUAUUAGCACAUCGUUAAAUUCACCCCAAGCACUGUCGAUAGAUCCACGAACUAAUGAUAUUUACGUAGUUAGUUCUGGUGAUAAUGUUGUCUACAAGUUUACUGGCGGCAAUGGAUCACCGACAGUUGUAGCAGGUAGUGGUUCUUCAGGAAGUACUACUUCGGACUUAAAAUCACCAGCUGGAGUAUAUUUUGAUUAUUCUUACACAAAUUCUUUGUAUGUUUCUGAUACUGGUAAUUAUCGAGUACUGAAAUAUCCAUCAAAUUCAGUACAGGGAGCAGCUGGAACAGUUGUGGCUGGAGGCAAUGGUAAUGGAAAUGGAUUGAAUCAAAUUGGUACUCCAAGAGGUGUUAUAGUCGACAGCAGUGGAGACGUUUAUGUAGUUGAUCGAACUUAUGCUCGUAUUCUACGCUGGACAGUAGGUGCAAAUAAUAGUGCCCUAGUUGCCGGUACAACGUCAGGAACAGCAGCGAACCAAUUAAAAUUUGUGACUUCGGUUAUAUUUAGUCCACAAGGUGAUCUAGUGGUAGCUGAUACAAAUAAUCAUCGAAUUCAGCUGUUCAGUUUGUCAAUAUGCUAA